UAUCAACCACAGGCUUUUAGCAAAUCCCCGGGACGCGGAAGGUUCUAGCUCCGCUGCAACGGGACGAUGCUUUUUCAAGCUGGCCUUGGUCGAGGCCCGUGGACAGGAUCCUCUACACGUUCUGUGCGUGGGGAUGUUUGCAUGCUCUUGACAUCCAUCGUUCCCGCGCGGGACCGUGUCAACCCUACCCCACACCUUGUCAGAGUGACGUCCUCUUCGAUCUAGUGGUCAUGCUCAUCAAAGCUAAAGCCGUAUCUUGAUCAGGCUAGUUACAAUAUCUACACGGUUUCAGGCAUCAUUUCACACUCCGCAUCUUCGAGCAGAUGGGACGGUCGACUCAGCCACAGCAGAAUUCUGUGACAAGAUGCAUAGUAGAUAUAAAGCCCCUUAUUCUGGAACAACAUUGCCACCUGCUCCCACGCCUAGGAACGCAUUGAAAACAUGUCUCUACCCCUCGAAGAGGAUCUGAACCGAACGACGUACAAGGGAUCGCAGCGUGCUCCAGGCACCUAUCUCACCACUCGUCUUGUCACCCACGCAGGCGUGCCUGUGGCCUUUGCCAUUCGACAGGGUCAAGCGCGGGUGGCAAAAAAGACGGCCGUUCAAUCAAAGACGGAUGAUCAACUGAAGACGGCCGUGCAAUCAAAUACAACGACCGUACAAUCAAAUACGACGGUCGUGCAACCGAAGACGGAUGCGCAGUUGAAGAAGGAUGUGCAACCGAAGACAGAUGUGCAAUCGGUGACGCCUGACUCCAAAGCCAGCAAUGACAUGCAAAAGGUGCCCAUCUUUGAGUACGUGGUCCUGCAGCCAUCGGCAUCGAGCAGCGCCGACGACAAGCCCCCUGCGGGCAAGUCGGUCGGGGGCAAGACUCGUGCAGGUGACCGCCUCGACGCCCAAGGCUGGUCCGCCGAUCCCAUCCUUGUCCCCUUUCCCAACGAGGUGCGCAUCGUGGGCCAGGAAGCGGUGCCAACAUACAUUGUUCCCACGCUCGACAAUUCGGGCAGCCCCACCGACUCUGCCGGCUUUCCGCUCGACGACAAGGUCGAUCAGUGGAUGUCAAGCACUCAAUGCUUGACGUAUAUGCCAAGGGGCGAGAAUGGAAAUCUCGACGUCAAAGACUUUCACUUUGAGGUCCUCAGCGAUGGGGAGUACAUCUACCUGUUUCGAGCCGGCCAGGGUACAGAGACUAAGUGUGCCAACGGACAAGUGCAGUCUUCGGACCUCGACGGCCUGCUCAACGGGCAUCUCCUCUGCGACCGCUUUGUCCUCAACGAAGGCCGCCUGGAUCGCGUCGUCGAGUCGCGCUUUCGGCGAUCUGGGCAGCGGGCACUGCCGGCCAACGACAAGGACACGUUGGGUGCGCGCAGCAUCGAUAAUGUGCCUUUCUAUGAGCCGACGCUCGUCUUGCAAUUUGCCGGCAAGCUCACCCACGCGCGCUUCUCCGUCGUGUCGAACCCGACAACUGCGCCCGACACGCGCAAGUGGCUCUUUGUGCUGGGACAAAAGGACGAGACUCAAGUUGACGUCGUCACCGUAGACGCCUCGGCGUCUGGGCUGUUUGAUCUGCACGGCAAACGAUUCUAUGAGUGCAAGAACGACCAUCCACGCAUCUUUGACAGCCAGCCGGGUGUCUGCACGGCAGCCGUCGGCAAGGCAGGUGCGACGUGCGGCAAAAACAAGAAGCUAGUCAUUACGCAAAAGAGAGUGUCCGAACGGGCCAUCUCCACGACGGCCAGGAACGGUCUCCAGCUGACGAAGCCCAUUGAUCUAGAGACUUUUGCUGCCGGCUUUUGUUUCGAGGCGUGGGUUUGCCUAGGCGAUGAGCCAAGUGUCGUCAGUAACACAUCCUCGACCAAUGUCAUAAAACCGGCCACAACACCGUCCCCCGCGCCGGUCAAGACAUCGUCAGCAACACCGUCCAUCGUGCCGGCCAAAACAACAUCGUCACAAACACCUGUCACAGCACCAGCCGUAGCACCGGCCAAAGCACCGAGCACAGCACCGGCUGAAGCACCGACCACAGCGCCGGCCACAGCGCCGGCCAAAACAUCGUCAGCGGCACCGACGCAAACAACCACAGCAUCAGGCCAGACACCGACCACAGCACCGACUCCAAAACCAACCACAACACCAGGAACAGGACCGGUCACAGCGCCAGCCACAGCGACGGCCAAAGCAACGACCACGACAACGGCCGCAGCAUCUGCCAAAGCGCCGAACUCCAACGGCAUUGCAGCCAAUGGCACUUCAACCAACGGCACUGCAGCCAACGGCACUGCAGCCAAGAGUACCGCGACUAUUGCUUCUGCUGUCAACGGUACCGCAGGCAGCGGUAUUGUGCCCGCCUCUCCCAGCUCACAAGACCUGCUCGUCGCAGGUGAAGCGCCGACGCCGACGCGGCUGUUCAUCGAUGCUGACCUCUGUCUGUGUCUGCACGUGAAAGGGACGCAAGUGGCACGGAUCGCCGUUCCUUUGCAGCGCAAGACAUGGCACCAUGUGGCGCUUUCGAGACGCAAGGGCAAGGUCGUAGGCUCAUGGCAGUACACUGUCGUGCUCGAUGGGGAGGAGGAGGCAUCAUCGCCAGAAGCCAUCGACACGGGUGGCAAGAUUUCGCACAUCGCGCCUGGAUUUAUUGGGCAGCUCGAUGAGGUACGACUCUGGAGGACGGGGCUCUCGGCGGCGGCCAUUAAAGCACGAUGCGGUUUGCGGCUUGUUCAGGCCAGCAUGCUCGAGGCCUGUUGGCACCUUGACGAGGGCUCGGGCACUUUUGCGUACGACUCGGGUAGCAACGCAAAUCAUCUGAAACUUUUAGGCUCCUGCACAUGGUCCGUGUCCAAAGCACCCUUGCUUCCCCCGACGGGUCUCAACCGGCGCACGAUCCGGUUGGGCGGCGGCAUGAAAGUUGCAGGCGGCUUGUCUGUGUGCCGCUACUCUGAGCAGAUCAGUAUCAACAAGGCAGGCGAUAGCAAGGCGGCCAAAGACGACGGAAAGAAGCAGAAGCGGACGAUGCGAAUCCUCCUCGUCAUGCUCAUUACUGCCAACAAGGACAACAAGCUUGCAACGUUUGAUGUCGUGCUGCUGGAUGAUGGCAGCCUCUGCGACUGGCCCGGCCUGAUUUCCUUGAUUCCUGAUCCCGCUCCGGCGGCCAACAAGACCUCAACCGUAGCGCUGCCCGCCGCGGCAUGCAUCUCCACGAGCGCCGAGGGCCAUCCGGUCUUCUUUGGCCUUCAUGAUGCCGGAAGACUGAGCUGUGAUGAUAACCCAACGGCCAUCUUUGACUCUGCCGUCGGUACACUCAGCAUCUACUACCGCUCCAAAAUCCAGGGUCUCUCGGCAGUGAUGUACUCGACGAGUCGCUCUCUUACCUUCCACGACAUCGGAAAUUUACGUGUCUUGCCUCGUCUGCGCACGGCAGAAAGCUACGUGAUCUCCAUCGCUGACAACCCAUCAGACAAGAGAGUGAUCAACGUCCAGGUUACCGCAAACACAAUAAAUGGCACGAAGGUCGUUGAAGGCUGGCGUGCGCUCCCAACGGCCACAAGGGACAUCAUCAACAUAGUCAAUGGGGAGCAAAAGGAACAGAUCAGCCUGGGCCGAAUAAAGGCCUUCAAAGGCGACCUUGUUGACAAAAAGAAUCAUCAUGUCACCGUGGUGCUUGCCGAGCCCCUGAAAGUCAGCAUCCGCGCCUGCGCAAGCCUCGUGAGCGACGACAUUUUUGUGACCGCCGUCGAUGCCGUCAGCAGUGGUCAGAGCGAGAUCAAAGUGUGGUGGCCGCCGUACCACUCGCCAACGUCAGGAAAGGACGGGAAAGCACCGUUACUCGAGGCGGAAGCUGACAUUGCAUGUCUCUACUACGACCAAGAGCAUCUCUUUGCCGUCUCCGGCAUAGAGGAAGACGACACCAAGCAAGGCUCGGCCCUCAUUUCCCUCAGCCGCACUCCGCCUGCUUCUUCACCAGAAAAGCCGCUGGACAAGGAUGACCCCACUUUCAUGGACAAGUUGCUGGACGAGCCAGUAAAGACUGCCACGAUCCCCGUGACAUUCAGUGGUGAGAAAUCUGUGCCAACACUGUCGUCGCCGAGACGGUCAACCGCCUUGCAAAUGACGGGCACGUAUGCCUUGACCUCGAUGAAGAGUGUACUGCCCACGGAGCCCACAAAGGCGCUGACGGUCGAGACGUGGCUGCGUUGCGACAAGAUUGCAAAGUCAUCGACAGUCCUGGCCUACAGGUGCGACAAAGCGAGCGAAGGUACCUCAGUCGUCGCCGUUGUCAACCAGGUCGAAGUGGACAAGGAGCGCUACAAGCUGGUUUGCAACAUCAACAGCCAUCUACUUGCUGUCUCACACAGCUCUUUCCAGCUUAAGCGAUGGAACCACGUCGCACUCAUGCAUCAGAAGGCCACCGACCUGCAAUUUGAUGGGAGCAACUACGUCACGUUGGGCACGGCGCAAGACUUAACAUCGCCCUCCUAUACUAUCACACUGAGCCUGUCCAUCGACGAGAAGCAGGGGGGCGAAGUGACGGUGCUGCAACACGGCCACGCGAUCCGCAUUUUUCUUGUUGACGGCAAGCCAGUCAUCAGUUUUGAUUGUCAAAACGGCGAGAGACCAGCGACGAUGAAAACGGUAACAAUUGAUCUUGCUCUGCAACCUAAGACGGCCUACAAGCUUGCUUUUCGACGCAAGCACUUUGAAGAGUUUGACAGUAACCAGAAGAAAUCUGUCAAGGUCCUCCUGCUGGGUGCGUGUCUCUACGAAAGCGGACAGACGAAACCGAUCAGAGAGAACUGGGGACUCCAGGAAUUCGAUGUGCGUGCACUCCUCGGCCCAUCCGAUGAUCUCAAAAAGGUCCCUCCGCGCGGUAGCGUAAAGACCUAUGUCGAUCUUGUCAAUUAUCUCCGGGGGGACCCAUGGACCAAUUGGGAUGGGGGUGCAGAAAAUUGCUCGCCCAUCUCGGCCGAAGAGCAUGCAAGCAUGUGGCUUGGCGGCACGCCUUCCACAAAGGACGCAUCCAGCGGCUUCAAGGGCACCAUUGGCCACGUCAAAAUCUACUCGAGUGCACUGGAGAAGCUGGAUCUGCAAGCACUGGCACGAGGUGCAGGAGAAGACAAGUCGCUCAUCUCGGCAUGGUACUUUGACGAACAAGAAACCAAGAGCACAGUGGCUUUUGACGACAAGAAGCGCAACGACGCCAAGCUCGUGGGCCGGCCCAAACGGGUCCCCGCUCGGUUCGUGUCCGACUCCCUGCUGCGAUGUCUGGUCAACGGAAGCGAGGCCAAGGGGGAAGAACUGCCAGCGACGGGAGAGAACAUCCGUCUCUUGCAGCCUGUUGGUCCAUUUCAGAUCACCCUGGGCAACCACCUCCAGGGCAAUGGCAACCUGCGGUACCUCGCACAGGAGAAUUACUAUACAGGACAGCUCGACGAGCUGCGUAUUUGGGACGAGGUGCGCACUCGCGCGGCCAUUGUCGACAACAUGAACACGAGCCUGAGCGACCAGCCGUCGUCACUCAAGGCCUACUAUUCCUUUGAUGACGAGGAAGACGAUAAACUGGUGGUCAAGGAUGCUUCGGCUACGUGUAGCCAUCUAAGCGCUCUACGUACGGUCGCUAUUGCGCGCUGUGCGUCGAGCGCGCCAGUGGGAAAGGAUGCUCCCUGUGUUCGGCAGGCAUUGGAUCCAGACAUCGGUGAUGCAAAGGGCGCUUUUAUAUACAGCAGCCCGACGGUGUGCGAGUACGCGGGCAUGGACACUACAUCAUUGGGAGAGCUGCGCGGCAGCUACAAGCGUGCGUACGCCUUUAUUGAUGAGGCCUCCCAUGCGUGGAAUCUCGUCACCGGAUUCAAAAUUGGCGCCACGGAUCUCAAAUGGAUGAGCCAGGUGCAGACGGCCCCCUCGCUGAUUGGCUUCAUCGAAGGUGCGCCCCCCGUGCCGGCCGAAAACUACCAGGAUCCGGAAGGAGAGGCGCCGUCGUCAUCGAUUGUCUUUUCAAGGGCAUCGACCGUGACGCACGAAUAUGCCUAUUCUGACGAAGACAGCAAUGGGGUCUCCGUGGAGACCAGCUACGGAAUGGGUGCCGCUUGGGAUGUCUCAGCGGGUCUGGCUGUGCAAACGAAGCUUACCAAGGGAAAAGUUGGGGCCUCGGUCAAGGCAUCCGUUGAGAGCACGGGCAGCGACCUGCGAUCAUUCGAGCGUGAAGAAACGACCACCAGGACCCAUGAUACAUCGAUGGCCUUGACGGGUUCCUUUGACAAAGCAGAGAAGAGGUUCAAGCCAAACAAUGUCGGCAUCGCCCUCGUUGAAUCGUCGGUUGCGGAUCUCUUUGCGCUUCGCCUCAUCCUGGGAGGCGGACAGACCGGGCCCGUUGUGUCGUACCAGCUGCAGCCGAACCAAGACAUCCCGCGAGACCGCAACCUCGUCGUGUUCAACAUCAACCCAAACUACUCCAAGCAGGGCUGUCUUGACGGCAAGUACGGUUUGGAGGCAGACGAGACAAACUACCCCAAUGCGACAGCGGGCAGCAGCAAUGAUCUCUCCUUCUACAAGCCCGUGGAAGCGUACCGGAUCCGGACAAAGAUUGAGCGCGAUGAAGCACAGCGCGAAGGCUCGCAUCAGCAGCUCAAACUCAAUAGCAUCUGGAAAGCCGGUGGCAAGGUACCCGUCAAUGCUCAAAAGACGAGCACGCGAAGAAACCUGUGCAACUCCUACGUCUGGACCGCCGACGGUGGCACCUACACGGAAGCGCACACAACCAUGGACAGCUUCACCGAAGAGAUUGGCCUUGACUACAGCAGAAAUGUAGACGCGGGCGUUUCCACCGAGGGCGAGACCGAGGGGCCUGCCUUUUACAUGAAGGGAACCACCGACUAUCUCUACAAGUCGUCGGUCAAGGUGACGCAGAAAAAGUCCAAGACUUCCUCGGAAGGAUUCGAGCUCAAGACGGAGCUGCCGGGGCCGUGCAACAUCCGCGACUCAGAGCACGCCAAGAUAGCAGGUCGCGUCGAUGCCUAUCGGUGGAUGUCCUUUCUGCUGCAACCGAACAAUGACAACGUCCAGGCCUUUUUCAACUCUGUCGUCGACGAUGCCUGGCUGCAAAGCAACGACGCCGAUGCCGCCGUUCUUCGUCGGCUCAAGGCCAACCCAGAUAUGGUGAGCAAGACACAGGCAUGGCGGGUGAUGCAUCGGUGCACCUACGUCAGCCGGAUCCCCGAAAAGAUCACCGCGGCCGCCGUCGUCUCCGUCGAUGCAUCACCGGCAAAGAAAAAGGCCGCCGGCUUUGACGCCUCUGCCAACUGGGAAAUCGUGGCCAGCCUGGAGCCACUCCUUCGGGGCUGCAAAAGCCGCCAGGAAGUGUUUCAAGUUGUCAACGACAACGUCAAGACGCUACUCCCGGCGCUUUACAAAUCCAGCAAAUAUUCUCAGAUAAUCUCGCCCCUCGUCACGUACAUGGCUUCGGUCGUAGGCGCCGAGUAG